GGGGAAGAAUAACACACACGCAAAUAAAGUCUUUUGAUAAAAAAAAAAGUGUGGACGGAGAAUAUAACUUCAAAGCAAGAGGUUGUUGAUUAAACUUACAAAGCGGUAGAUCUUGUUUGGCAAAUAACUACAUUUUAAUAUAGAAAAUUGGCUUCCGGCACGAACUAAAUCUCUCCAGAGACGUCGGUAUGGAGGUGUGCCAGUUUCGCUUUCCAUUGCGUCAUGAUGGAAGACUUAAAAAGUUCUGAAAUCGCCAUCGCUUUUCUGAAAUCCCUCUAACGCUCGUUCUGGUGGCGGAAAGAUGUCGCCGUCCGAGCAGCAUACGCACAUCAUCAGCCAAAUAGUCGAGCAGCUGAGCGCCGAAGAGCGCAAGCGUGUGUCCUACCUGUGCGGGGCGCGCGAGCUCGACCGGUGCGCCGCGGACGCGCGAGCAAUGCUGCAGCGUGCGAUGAGCCAGGCGGCCGCAGACUACGCCUUCCUUCUGGAGCUGGUGCUGAGGAUCAGGCGCUACGAUCUACUAAAGCGUGUACUUGGGACUAGCAAAGCUGAGGUCGAAAGGCUCCUGAACAACCGCCAUGCUCUGCCAGAAUACCGAGUACUAAUGGCUGAGCUGAGUGAAGAUGUGGGAUCGGAGGACCUGGAGUCUUUGAUGUUCUUGCUGAGGGGUACCUUGCCGAAGGAAAAACUGGAAAAGUUUGAGUGUUUCCUGGAUGUUGUCGUUGAGCUGGAGAAGUUGGACCACAUCUCCAUCACCAGGAUAGACGUGAUGGAGGAGUACCUGAGGGCCAUCCACCGCAUGGACCUGGCCAAAAAGCUCAGCCAGUACCAGAGCAGAGUCAAAACACAAACACCAGGGAAACCUGUGAAGAGCAAAGAUGACUCACCACCUUCUAAAGCUGCAUCACCAAAUACGUCAGUUCGAAUUCCACUGAAUUUUUGCAAUGUGACACCGAUUGUUUCCAAACACUGUGCACAAACAGCCAGUACUUCAGUAACACAGAACACUUCAACCAUCAAAUACCAUGAGAUACAGGAGCAUGUGUACAGGAUUCAGAGGAAUUCCCGAGGAGUGUGUGUGAUCAUAGACUGUGUGGGCACUGAAGGAGUCCAUCUGAAGCAUGUGUUUGAGGGUCUUCAUUUCCACGUGAGCCUGCACUGUCUGCUGAGUGCUGGGGACAUGCUCUCCACCUUGCGGGAGGUCUCCAUGCAGAGGAGGCACCGUGACGCCGACGCCUUCGUCUGCUGCAUCGUUAGCCGGACUUGCUCCUCCUCAAGCCUGCUGGGCACGGACUCCUACGGCCUGGGCCUGAACCUGGACAUUCUCCGACGCCUCUUCGCCCCGGACUCCUGCCCCAGUCUGGCAGGAAAGCCAAAACUCUUCUUCAUACAGGGCUAUGACGGCACCUGUGCAGGGGACUGGGAACACAGCAGCGGAGAGCUCCAGACAGACAGCUCCCAUCCCGGUGCCUGCAGGGCGGAGGAUGUAGCCGCAGACGCUGACGUGUUCUGGAGCCACUGCUGGACCCGGGAGCAGGAGCUGGGGAAAGAUUGCCACCGAUCAGUCUACUUACACUCCCUGAGUGAUGCCCUACAGGACGGACAGAGGAGGGGGAUCCAUCUGGUGAAUUUACACUUGGAAGUAAAUAGGGCGGUAUACGACCACAACCGCGGACACCCAAGCUCCUCCUAUCAUCUCAAUCUCAGACAUACGCUACGAAAGAACGUCUACCUGUCGUGAACUUCACCACUGGAAAUUGUGCUCCAUACGUUUUAUAUGUUCAUAGAAACUGCGAGAGAUUCAGAAUGAAUCGCAGACUCGAAUUAAUUGUAUCAAUUAAUGUUUAAAUUGGUAUAAUAGUUGGAAUAAAAUCGAAUC